GAAUGCUAAUCUUUUUUGUAGGGAUAUAUUAUUACUCGAUCUCCGACAUUGGUACAUCAUUCAUAUCUCGAUCUGUUAACAACCCGAGUUCCUCGGGGAGCAGUUGAAUGGCGAAUACAUCACUUCUGCCGCGGAGACAAAGUCUGGUCCCGUUCAUAUGUUUCUGUGUUAUGAUUUUUACCCUACCUUCAAGCCAGGGGGGCAACGUCCUCAUCACCACAAGUCUGGGGGAAGGUUCACAUUAUUUUGUUGGGAAGACGAUCGGAAAGUACCUGGUGAAACAUGGUCAUAAUGUAACGAUGCUAGUCAGCAAAGCUUAUGCUCAUCGGGCUGAAAAUCCAGAUGACGCGGAACUGAAUUUCAUCGUUUUUCAUCAGUCAGCCGAGCAGAUUGAGUCAGUGAAAGAAAGACAUUUGUCCUACUCAAAGAAUGCACUAGAACCGAGUGGCGCGGCGUACUUGUAUAAACUCAUUCAAGCACAUCGGAAGGGGGCCGCCGACGACUGCGAUGAGCUCCUCGGACAGAACCCCGACGUCAUGCGCCGACUCGAAGAGGGGAACUUCGACGUGGUCGUCUACGACAUGAUCUGGUUGUGCAGCUUGAUGUUGGCAAUGAAACUGAACGUGCCCGCUGUGUUAUCCUCCCCCAUGGCUGCCCCGACGAUGCUCUCCAUGUACGCGGGAAACCCCGUGAAUCUGGCCUACACUCCCGAUGUAAUGAAUGGUUAUAAUAACAAAAUGACAUUCUUCCAGCGUGUAAACAACGUGAUUGCCAACCGAGUUUUAUAUUCGUUAUUGGAGUACCAUCAUGUACCGUACAAUAGUAUCAGAGAACGACACCAGAUCAGACCGGAUUUAUCCGGUUCUAUCGCAAAUUUGGUCGGGACCUAUACCGAUCUGUUCCUGGUCAAUCUGGAUUUCGCCGUCGAGUUCCCGCUCCCGCUCAACCCGAACAUCAUCACCAUGGGGGGCAUCACGGCCAGGCCGGCAUCAUCUUUACCAAAUGACUUGGAAGCAUUCAUGCAAUCUUCUGGCGAUGGGGGCGUCAUCUUGUUCACUCUGGGUUCCUACGUCACGCAUAUCAAGCCGGAGUUCCUGGAGCCGUUCGCAGAGGUCUUCCAGCGAUAUCCGCAGCAGAAGAUCCUGUGGCAGUUGGCAGGUGAACACAAGUUCAAACUGCCGCCGAACGUGAAGACGAUGCCGUGGCUGCCACAGAAUGAUAUCUUAGGUCACCCAAAGACGCGUCUCUUCAUCUUCCACGGUGGCAACAACGGGUUCUACGAGACCGUGUACCACGGUGUACCUGCCAUCAUAAUACCCUUGACCGGAGACGCCAUCGACCAAGGGGUUCGACUGAAACACCACGGUUUCGGUAUCGUCCUUGACAAAACCAAUGUGACUGUGGACAUCCUGCGGGUCGCCAUAGAUGCCAUUCUCAACAAUGAUAGUUAUUCCGAGGCGGCAAAACUACUGUCCUCGCGUCUACGAAGCAGGUCGAUGCAUCGGGUGAUCGCGCUGCAUUCUGGAUCAACCACGUGA